GAAAGGAUUUAAGAUUGGCUAUUUAUAAUUACAAGCAAUCUCGUCCAACCUGUUUAUUCUGUGCCGAGUCAAUAGGUUGUGAUAAGGAUAAGCUUGUGUCCGACCGAUAGCUUAUUAUUGCAGAGUUUUUGUUAUCAAACAGAUAGUGAAUGUUGUAAGGACUCGAUAACAUAUCAACGACCGCACUUAGUCAGCCCACAACGCCUGAUUUAGUUACAAAUAUAUUACAAGAACUACGCUUGUGUACAGAAGUUUCUAGCUUAUUUGUGUGUCGAAAUUAGGAGGAAGUUCUCUCGACGUCUGCUUUCAAUCAACUUUUAUUUUGGUAAGGUGUUCCGUGCCACUGGACUGGUGAUUUUUUGCAAUACACUCUCGUUUCACAGUCACACCUGCAUGAACGCUUGCGUCACAACUCGGCACUUAACUAAUGCAUGCCGUUGAUUCCGACACCGCUGUCUACUAACACGCUAUGGCGAACCCCAACCACGACAAGCGCUUCUAUCAGCUGACACUGGCCAUACAGAAAGCUAUAAAUGCUAUCGAGACUCCGGUGAAAGAGAAACAUGUCCGCAGCACACUCAUCGGUACCUUCCAAGAGCAGAGCGCCAUCACGUUUUGGAUGGUGGCCGUCCGUCUUCCACUUCAGGAGAACCGCAUCGUGGCAUGGAAGUUCUGUCACGUGACACACAAGCUGCUGCGCGAGGGGCACCCCGCCUGCCUCGACGACUCGCAGCGGCACAUCGGCAUGAUCGAGAACUUGGGCAAGCUAUGGGUACACUUACGGGAAGGCUACGGCAAGUUGGUCCACCUGUACUGCAACCUCCUUGUGUGCAAGUUGAAGUUCCAUGCGCGCAACCCUCGCUUCCCCGGCAACAUGCAGCUCACGGCCGAAGAACUUGAUGCCAUCGCGGAAAAUGAUGUCAAUAACUAUUUCCAGCUAUGCGUGGAAUUAUUUGACUACAUGGAAGAAAUCCUCAACUUACAAGCAUCAGUGUUCGACAGCCUGGGCAACGCGCGCGCCAACUCGAUGACGGCGAGCGGGCAGUGCCGGCUGGCGGCGCUCAUCCCGUGCGCGCAGGACGCCUCGCAGAUCUACGACUGUAACGUGCGCCUGCUGUUCCGGCUGCACGCCUCGCUGCCCGCGGACACGCUGGCCGGACAUCGCGAGAGAUUCCGACAACAGUUUAAAAAGCUGAGCUCGUUCUACAAACACGCGAGCAGUCUCCAGUACUACAGGAACCUGUUGACGCUGCCGGUGCUGCCUUCCAACCCACCCAACUUCUUGCAACAGAGCGAUUUCGGCACUUACGUAACUCCAGUGGUAUCCAUACCGGAGCAGCCGCCUGACGAAGUUGACUCCGUCGCAUCUCUCAUCGACACUUCGGAUACUAUCAGCCAGGCACCAUCUGACCAUAUGGAGGAGCUGGAGGCCCGACCCACGCCCUCCCCGCAGCCAGAUCCCGUUGUGGAGCGAGACCGGCUUAUUGACCACCUACAGAACGAACUUAGAAGAAUGAGGGCAGAAGUAUCGCAGCUAGUUCAAGAACGGAAUAAUGUUUUAGGAUCCAUGAGAGAACAUAGCUCACGGCUGGAAUCGCAACUUCAGAACGCCAGGCUAGAAUUAGAAGAGGAGAAAUCGAAAGCGGAAAUGUUAAUGAUACAAACGCCUGAAAUUAAACAAAAACUCAACGAAACGGAAGAGAAAGCGAAAUUAACAGACGAAAAAUUCCAGAAGCUAAAAGGAGCAUAUACUCAACUGAGAGAAGAACACAUCACGCUAAUUAGACAGAAAGCAGAAGUGGAUAAAUUGUCAGCAAACCUGAGAGCGGCCGCCGCGCAACACGAAAGCGCUAAAGUAGCGCUACAGCAACAACUAAACGAUAGGAUGAAAGAUGUCGAACUGCUUCAACAAAGCGCUUCAGCAAGCGAAGAGGUUGAAGCUUACAAAUCACAGGUGACAAGUCUACGCGCCGACCUCGAACAAUCCAGACAAAAAGAACUCGAACUAGAAACACUCAGAGCUUCCAUGGAGGCCUUAGAAAUAGAACACAAAACAGCAACAAAAGAACAGGAAGAAAAACUAACGACAAUAACCAACGAACUGAAAGAAACCACAGAAACAUUAGACAGAAUCAAACAAGAGAAGGAAGAAAGAGAAGUAGAGCUGACAAGAGUUAAAGAGGAGUUGGUAGGGCUUCGAGAGAAGAGUGGGGAUGAGUACAAAAAGGUAGUAGAAGAACGUGAGGCAGCUUUAAAACAGGUAGCCGAGUUGCAACAACAACAUGCUCAAGAAAAAGAGGAAGUAACAAAACUAAACAAUUUCGUAAGUGAAUUACAAUCAGAAAUUGAUGGGUUACAACAUAAGCUUACGAUUACCGAAACUGACUAUACAGCUCAGAACCAGAAAAUGAGAGACGAAUUAGUCACUAAAAACCAAGAGCUUGAUGAUCAACUUAAAUCUAAAGAAACUGAAAUUAAAGAGGCUUUAGAUAAACUAGAAGAACUACAAAUCCAGUUACAAAAUUCUAACACUGAUCACGAAACCAAAAUAAAUGAUAAUGAGACUGAGAUUUCUAAUCUACAAGCAAAGAUUGAAGAACUAAUAGCAAGCAAAGAUACUAAUGAAGCUCUGAUAGCAGAGCUAACGGAUGAGAAAAAUAACUUAAACGUACAACUGACAGAAGUCUUAGCAGAAAAACAAAAGAUAGAAGACAAUUUAACUGAAAAGUUGACAGAAAUAUUAAACCUGGAAAAUAACUUAAAAGAUCUAGAAACUUCUAAAGACCAAGAGCUCCUGCAAUUAAAAGAAGAAUUACAGAAAGCAAUUGAUGAAAAAAAUAAUGAAUUAACCAAUUUGAAUAAGAUCGUAGAAGAAAGAUCUGAAUUUGGUGAUAAACAGAAGUUCGAAAGCGAAACAUUGUCCAAAAAUGUAAUAGAACUUCAGGCUAUCAUUGAUGAAAGAAACAAACAAUUACAAGAACAAAAGCUCUCUUACGAAGACCGCCUGAAAGACAGUAACUGUGAGCUGACAAUUCUAAAAGAUAAACUACAAAUUCUCACGGAAUCUAAAGACGAAAUCAUCGAAAAUUUAAAAAGCAUGAUAUCUGAAAAAGAUAGACAAGUUAUUACAUUAAAUGUUGAAGUUACUCAACUGGCUGACGAGAAUACAAGGCUUAAGGAUGAGUUAUCCGAAACGCAAGCGCAGUUGGAAAUAGGUAGCGAUGAACUGUUCACCAUGAAGGAUGAACACGAAACAUUCGUCGACAGAAACGAAAGGAAUAUAGCUAUGAAAAACAAAGAAUUAAGAGAGCUACAUGACAAAAUCAAUGAACUUACUAAACUCAAAGAAGAAUUGCAGCAAGACAAUGAAAAACUUAUUAACGAACUAAAUUCAGAAAAAGAGGUAUUACAAAGUAAACACUUGCAAGUAAAAGAAGCACUCGAUAAUUUAACUAAGAUCUAUGAUCAGUUGAAAUCAGAGAAGGAAUCUUUGACCACUCAACUGACCAAUGAUAUCAACGAAUUGAAAUUACAAUUUGAGCAAUAUAAAAACGAAAAGGAAAGUGAGAUUGCUGAAUUAAGUGCAUCAAAACAAAAUCAAGAAACUACUAUGAACGAACGUAUUAUUCAAAAGGAUGAGGCUAUUAGCGAGGCUGAGACAGUUAUACAGAAGUUGAAGGAUGAAUUAGAGGAGUUUAAACAACUGAAAUCGAAAGAGAAAGAAGAUAUCGAUGCCCAUAUAUCUGAGAGAGAACGAGAGAAACAGUUAUUGGAGACUAGGCUAGAACACACGGAGAGUAAGAGAUUGAAUGCGGAGUGUGAAUUACAGGAUUUGUUGCAACACAAUACUGUGCUCGAGGCUGAUUUAGCGACUGUCAAGAUACAGUUGGAAGAGGCGCAGAAGGCCUUGCAGAAGCAAACAGCUCGCCUGGUGACUGUAGCCGGCGAGGCGGCAUACGAGGUCGCGAACGGUGCGCUCGCGUCCAUCGAACACGUCAACUCGCACGACACAGUCAGCGCUACUGCUGAUCUAGCUGCUAAAGCGCUGGAGGAACUGGCCAGGCUUAGUGAUGUGUCUGGCAACGAGGAGUCGGUAGCUCGGUCAGUGAUAUUCGCCGCGCACAACACCGCGCAGCUUUCGGCGUACGUUUCCGACGUGGCCAAUGUAUCUACAGAUAUAACCCUUUCGGAGAAACUAAACAACGAAUGCCGCUCAAUGCUUACCGCCACAAAGGACUGCCUGGAAUCCGUCAAAAGCGGUGCGGUGGUCGGCUCCCACUGUUCUGAAGUACGGAGCAGGAUCCGCAGCUUGAUGACAGCCGCUGUGGCCGCCGAGCGGCUGAAUAGUGGGUCUACCAGUGUGGACGACGAACUGGCUGAUAUGGAUCGAGCUAUAGAGGAAGCUGCAUCGCAGAUUGAGGGUAUGUUAGCAGCCACCCGUGCUGGCGACUCGGGGGUCAAACUAGAAGUGAACGGCAAAAUCCUGGAUGCGUGCACAACACUCAUGGGAGCCGUCAAGAUCCUGGUACAGGAUGCCAGGAAACUGCAGAACGAGCUCGGAGAUCCAAAGACCAGGCAAAAGAUGUAUAGGAAGAACCCUCAGUGGUCUGAGGGGCUCAUCUCCGCGUCUAAAGCUGUUGUGUUUGCUGCUAAACUGCUAGUGACCUCAGCGGACGAGGCUGUUGGCUCAGAGGGGGCUUCGGGAGCUGUGGAGGGCGUGUCGGCGGCGGCGCACGAGGUGGCGGGCAGCGCGGCGCAGCUGGUGGCGGCGUCGCACGCGCGCGCGCCGCCCGCGUCGCCCGCGCUGGCCAGGCUCACGGCCGCGCGCCGCGCCGUGGCCGCCGCCACCGCCGCGCUCGUCGCCGCCGUCAAGGCCGGCUCCACGCUCGUGCUGGAGCAAGAAGCGCUAGACACGUCAUCACUGUCGUUAACGGCGACCAGAAGACUUGAGAUGGAGAGCAAAGUACGCUCGCUCAAGCUCGAGACCGCGUUAGAUGCAGAGCGCGCCCGACUCGCCGCGCUGCGCAAGCGACACUACCAACUGGCACAGCUAGAGGAGAAUGGAAACAUGGAAAACGGAAAAGAUUGAACGUACAGAGAAAUAUCAAAUGUGAAGUAAUUAACCGAUAUGACAAUCUGUUGCACACACGAUAAGCUUGUGAUCAGUUGCUUGUGUUAUUUUCAGUUUUGAAAACAAUUGUACUCGCAUUUUUAUACCAUUUAAUAUACCACGAUUUUUUUAUUGUCAUGCUUGCCAAAUGCUCAGUUUACUAUUGUGAAACAGAAACAGUUAAUACAGUAUACAUUCUGCAUUGCUAUACAGCGUUGUACUACAAGUAUUUUUAAGUAUCUACUAAUCCAAUUAGGCACUUGUAAGCUAAAUUAUGUUGCUUGUGUAAUUGUAUUACGGUCUGACAGAGCUGUUACAUACGUAGUUUACAACGUACAUGUACCAACCAAAGGUGAUCGAUGCUGUAUGCUGAGUCACAAUAUCGAUUAACCUUGGAUCUGCAGCGUAGUGUGACGGAGAUAACGGUGCGGUUUAUAUUAGACUGAUUUAAGUAACCCACUGUAAUAGAUCAGUUAAGAUAACGAUCAAUUAAUAUCGACGUUUGCGAGCCGCACGUCAGCGUUGUACAUGUAGGUAUGGCAGCAUCGGACGCGCGUCGCCAGGCCCGACAAGCCUCUAAACUGGUCGAUCCCCACGAUUGACGAGCAUGAUCACGAGACCAUGAGCUUUAAGCAAAGAGACUAAGGUAAGAAUUGUGAAUUGUCUACGUACCUUUAUAUAUAGAUAUUUUAUAAUUACUAAUAAACUAGUUAUACAUGUUAUGACGCGGAAUUGUUGUAACUUAGCAGUCAUAAUCACUCCCCAAUACAAUCUGUAGGUUUAGGUGUAUUUCGUGUGAUCACUACUUGAAAUCCCUUUGGAUGUCACUAAUAUUAGUCUAAGUGUAACUAUUUGAUUUAUAUAAAUUUUAUUAUACUAUUAAAUCAAUUCAAACAAAUAGAUCGUCUGUCACGCUCGUUUGUAUUAUUUAUUCCUUAUAACAUUUACUAAUAUACUUACAUGUGUAAAAUUA